AGGAUUAAAUGGAAAAUAGUUGUUGAGAUUUUGUAAAUAAUUCUUAUAUUAAUUUCUAUUCUAGUGAUAUUUUUAUUUUUGAAUACAUUUAUUUUUUUAAAAUUACAUCACUACUUACCUGACGCUUCAAAAUACAAUACAAUGGAGGAUUUAAGAAGAUAUUUAUACCAAACCUUAACUAAGGUUGAAGGUCUUUACUCAAUUCUAAUAUCUGAUCAUGAUGGUGUUGUUAUUUUAAAAGCUCAUGCCAACAAAUCAUCUGAACACAAUUCAAAUUACAAACAUUCAUUUUUAUCAGAAUUUAAUUCUGCAUCAGAACAAGCAGGAAAAUUAGAACUUGGAAAAAACAAAACAGUGAUUUGUUUUUAUACUAACAAUCAAGUAGUCCAGUUAAAUUGCUCAAGAUUCUUAAUUACAUUUGUGGCUUCUGAAAAAGCAAACACUGGCAAUAUAUUAGGGCUAGAAAAAAUACUGGAGCCAUUACUAAAGGAUUUGCGAGCUAUUCAGUUUCCUUAAUAAAUUACUUGUUCUUAUUUUUUAUUUUUUUUUUUUUGUCACGUUAUAUUAUAUAAUAUGAUGCAUUAAUUGUUUCCUUUCGUUCUAAUGAUUAUUAUUUUAUUCUAAUUUAAUGUUUUUAUUCUGAAAUUUCAAGAAGUUGAAUGAUGAUAAUGUAUUUGUUAAUGUUAUUGUUAUUACUACAAAUUAAUAGAAUACAAGCAAUUUUACUUUGAUACCUAGUUAUAACUUAUAAACUUUUUUUUAUUUAUUCAAAUUGUUUUUAUAAAAUACAUUUUGUUAUCAAAUAUUAGAAAAAUAUAAAAUUCCUCUGUUUUUGAAGUCUCUAAAA